UGCUUACCAUCGCUUGCCUUCGCUCUCUGCUUGCUUCAAUCUCCGUGUCUCCUUUCCCCCUCUACAUUUCUGUUCAUCAUAUGCUUGAGUAUCUCGAAUAAUCUCACCAUAUUGCAAUAUAAAUCUCAUCAUCUGCUGUUACCAAUUCCACCAUCUGCCACUGUCAGGCUAAUCUGCGAGGUAUAAUCGAGUUCGGCAGACUGGUAUGAUUGGAGAUAUAGCACGGUAAAAGGAGUAUUACGAAGACGGUCUCAGAUCCACAGUUAGUGGCUGGUCGGCCGCAUACCCCCAUCUCUGUGCGACACGGACCCGGCAGGGACCUUCAGUGCCACCAAGGCUCCCUCUACCUCUACUCCUUCGCACCUUCCGCGGCCAAAUCCAACAUGUCGUGCUUGGCGACAGCAGAAGCCGCCAAGAUCUACGCACCACCGCCGGUGGGCGCACCGCACAGCGUAUCCGUCGCCGGGACCGAGACGCCAGGCCGCUCCCCAGUCUACAGGCACUGGCGACAGAAAGAUGCAGGACCCAUACACACGCUCGAUCCGGCGGUAACGACCAUCCACGAGCUCUUCGAGCAGACCGCGAAUCGAGUGCCGGGUAAGAGAUGCUUGGGCCAACGACCCUACGACGCUGCGAGCAAGACGUGGGGACCGUAUCUGUGGGAGACGUAUGCACAGGUGCAGAAGCGGAGAGCGGACUUUGGGGUUGGACUAGUAGCGCUGCAUGAACAGGCCGGCGCGACUGGAGUACAACAUGGCGUGGGGUUGUGGUGUCAGAACCGCCCCGACUGGCAGAUUGUCGAUCUGGCAUGCGUUUCCCAAUCCCUAUUCAGCGUGUCCAUCUACGACACCCUCGGCCCGGACACGACGGAAUACAUCAUCAACCACGCAACACUAACCUGCGUCUGCGCAUCGCUAAGCCACAUCCCCACCCUCCUGAAAAUCGCCCCGCGCUGUCCCACCCUCAAAUUCAUCAUCUCCCUCGACCCCCUCUCGACCCCCAACGAACUCCCCGGCACCUCCAAGCAAGACCUCCUCAACGCCAUCGCCGCCCACCACGGCAUCCAAAUCCACUCCAUCCACGACGUCGAGGCACUCGGUUCCGCCUCCCCGCGCCCCUACCACCCACCCCAACCAACAGACAUCGUAACAAUCAACUACACCUCCGGCACGACCGGCACGCCCAAGGGCGUCGUGCUGACCCACGCCAACGCCGUCGCCGGCGCCAGCGCCGCAUUAUCCUUCACCCGCGCCGCCUCCAACGACGUCCUCUGCUCCUACCUCCCGCUCGCGCACAUCUACGAGCGCGUGACGGAACACUCAUGUUUGUGGUCCGGGGCGUCGAUCGGGUAUUUUCACGGCGACAUGUUGAGUCUGGUUGACGAUUUCAAGUUGUUGAAGCCGACGACUUUUGUCAGUGUGCCGCGGUUGUACAAUCGGAUUGGGGGCGCGAUCAAGGCGCAGACGGUGGAGCAGACGGGGGUGAGGGGCGUGGUGUCACGGCAUGUUGUGAAGAGUAAGUUGGCGAAUGUGGCGGAUCCUGAUCCCGUGAGGGCGACGAAUAGGCAUACCCUCUACGACCGCAUCUGGGCGCGGAAUGUCUCGUCGGCGGUCGGGUUGGAGAGGGCGCGGUUCAUGAUGUCCGGUUCAGCACCCUUAGAUCCAUCCUUACAAAACUUCCUGCGCGUCGUCUUCUGCAACGAAGUGGCGCAGGGUUACGGACUGACCGAGUCCUACGCCGUCGCGACCGCACAACUCGCCGGCGACCUAGGCGUAGGCCAAUGCGGCGCCCCCUCCAUCGCCUCGGAAAUCUGUCUCAUGGACGUGCCGGAAAUGGAAUACUACCACACCGACAAACCGAACCCGCGUGGCGAGCUCCUCCUUCGCGGCCCGACCGUGUUCACCCGGUACUACAAGAACGAGACCGACACGAAAAAGGCCUUCACAGAAGACGGCUGGUUCCGCACAGGCGAUAUCGCCGAGGUGGACUCCCUCGGCCGGUUUCGAAUCGUCGACCGCAUCAAGAACGUCCUCAAACUCGCGCAGGGCGAGUACAUCUCCCCCGAACGCAUCGAGAAUGUCUACCUGGGCAAUCUGCCCUGGUUGGCGCAAGCGUACGUGCACGGGGAUAGCACGCAGGCGAGUCUGGUGGGCGUGUUUGGGAUCCAGGCGGAUAUGUUUGCGGGGUUUUUGGGGAAGGUGUUGGGUGGGGGGCAGGUGAGUGGGAGGGAUGUGAGGGCGUUGGAGGCGGCGGCGCAGGAGGAGAAGGUGCGGAGGGCGGUGGUGAGGGAGUUGGCCAAGGUGGGACGGAAGGCGGGGUUUAAUAGUUUUGAGAAUGUCAAGGCGGUGAGGUUGUUGGUGGAGCCGUUUACGAUUGAGAAUGAGCUUUUGACGCCGACAUUGAAACUCAAGAGACCGCAGACGGCGAAGAGGUAUCGUGGGCUGAUUGACGAGAUGUAUGCGGAGGUGGCGAGGGAGAGUACGUCAAAGGCGAAGUUGUAGUGAUGGUGGGAUGGGAGUGUGUUUGGCAAAAGCAUAGCGCAUGGCGCGGGGUUUGGAUGAAGAUGAAGGGGAUGUCUGUUUGGUGCGACUGAGAAGGACCACAGUAGAUCGUAGAGUAGACCGUACAGCUCCCGAGACAGGCUUGAAGCUAGAAAGGGAUAUACCGCAUUGGGUGG